GACGGCAGAGAAUAUUACAAAUUGCAACACUGUUCGAGCAAAUGCACUUCUUGUUCUUUUGCUGCUGCAAGGCUAAAUUGCAAAAAUAAACAAAAGCUACUGAGAAACAAAGAGUAUAUACAAUUUUUUUCAAUUGGAUUUCGUAAUAUUUUGUGUGCAAUCGAGUCCAUUAAAUCGCAAUUAUGUCAAAUUUAGAGGUUUUUAACUCGCCAACCGACAAAAAUAACGAGAAGCCGUCCUUCUCCACCUCCACCUCCGACAGCCCCUUGCCAUUACGAACACCAAACUGCGGCCGCUGCAGAAACCAUGGACUUGAAGUUGCUCUAAAAGGCCACAAACGCUAUUGUGAGUUUAAAAAUUGCAAAUGUGAAAAAUGUGUUUUAAAUGCCGAGCGCCAAAGAUUAAUGAGCAUGCAAACUGCAUUGCGCCGCGCCGAAUAUCAAGAUGAAGCUAGAUCUAGUUCCUUAGUUGAACCCAUAACAGCAUUACCAAUGCCGUCGUCAAUGUCCAUACCAAAACCUGUUGCUAAUCAGACUGUCCCUGUUCUAUCUUCUCCUUAUGAACAAUUUAAUCCAACAACUCCCCCACAAGAGCACAUUUUUAAACGUCCUUCUGUCCUUCCACCGGAUCCCAGACUAUCCGAAUAUCUAGCAAACUCUUAUUACUUUCCACUUGGUCGUCCAAUUCCGGCACCAGAUGUUGUUCCAACCGGGAUAUUUCCACCACCUCUUCAUCCAUUCGAUCCGACUAAUCCAUUUGCACAUUAUCGUCACCCAGAAAUUAUGUUGGAAAAUUGUCGGAAGCUGCUGGAAAGGUUCCAUUAUCCGUGGGAGAUGAUGCCGUUGAUUUAUGUGAUAUUAGAGGAUGCCAAUGUGAAUAUUGAGGAAGCCACUCGACGCAUUGAAGAGGGACAGGUUGUUGUCAGCAAUUUUUGUCGCAAAAAUAAUAUUAACUUUUAUGAUGCUGGUACACUUCGAGGCUAAUUUUUUUUUACUAAAUUGAUACUUAAUAAUUAAUAAUAAUUAAAAAAAAAAACUUUCUUCAUACAAUUUUUUGGUGAAUUGCUUGAACACAUUUAAUUAGCUAAAUACAAAUAAAAAUAAACAUUUCUUAUUCAUCCUUAA